AUGGCGGCAUGGGUGCGGCUUCAGGAUAUUUUUCAGGACAACAAAUCUUCCCGGGUCGUUACUCUUGAGCAAGAGUUCUCUAGUACUCUCAUGGAAGACUUCCCGAAUGCAUCGGCCUAUUGUCAACGUUUAAAAAUGUUGGCGGAUCAACUUAAGAAUGUUGGCACUCCGGUUUCCAAUAAUCGUCAUGUCUUGCCAAUGGUUGCAGGUCUUACUGAAUCCUACAGUGGCGUUGGUACUCUCCUUCGACAAAUCAAUCCUCUACCGCCUUUCAACCAAGCUCGUUCUAUGUUGGUUUUGGAAGAGGCCGAUUUUUCUAAAAAGGCCAAUAUCAGAGCUGCUUCCUCGGCCUUAGUGGCGGAUGCAAAUUCACUUGGUGACUCUUGUUCCCACCGUGGAUCUAAUGGUGGCAAGAAGGGUUCUUCUCAGUCUUCUACUGGGAAAAACCAAAAUCACGGCACCAAGGGUGGUUCCGACAGUGGGGCCAAGGGUCGCCGGAAUUAUAAUGGUGGUGGCAAGGGUGGCUACCCUCCGCAGCAGCAGCCGGCGCUGUACCCGUAG